AUGCAGAGCUCAAAUGAGGGCCCAGCAGACAUCAUCGCCAAGGUUGCUGGGGUUACUCAGGGUGGAAAGCGUGAAGAUGACGGCCCAUAUUUCACCAACAAUGAAGGCAUUCCAUGGCCCGACGCAGAACAUAGCAAGACCAUCGGCGGAAUCCCAGUCGCUAGCGAUGUUUUCCUCUUCCAGAAGCAGCAGACAUUUAACCGCUCAAAAAAUCUCGAGCGCAUGGUGCACCCCUGUGGUUCAGGUGCUUUUGGUUAUUUCGAGACCACCAAAGAUGUCACCCACCUCACCAAGGCCGACUUUUUGAAGACUGUAGGUGAGAAGACGCCCAUAUUCAUACGAUUCAGUACCGUUACUCCUGGACGCGAGUAUCCCGACGAAGCUCGUAACCCUCGUGGAUUUGCCAUCAAGUUCUAUACUGGAGAAGGCAACUACGACAUCGUUGGGUUGAACUUCCCAGUUUUCUUCUGCCGUGAUCCUAUCCAGGGCCCAGAUGUCAUCCGAUCGCAAUGGCGUAACCCCAAGAACUUCCUUUUCGAUUACGAUGCUAUUUUCGACUUGCUUGCCAACACCCCCGAGGGUAACCACGCUGGCCUAAUGUUCUUCAGUGACCAUGGCACGCCCCAGGGUUGGCGUUUCAACCACGGGUAUGGAUGCCACACGUUCAAGUGGGUGAACAAGGACGGUCAAUUCGUGUACAUCAAGUACCACUUUGUUGCUGAGCACGGUCAAAAGCAAUUCACCCAGGAACAAGCGACACAAAUGUGUGGCGAGGACCCUGACUAUUCCAAGCGUGAUCUAUAUGAGACUAUUGAGAAUGGCGAGGAGGUAGUCUGGAAAGCACACGUACAGGUCAUGAGCCCAGAGGAAGCCGAUCCCGAUAAGCUUGGCUUCGAUCCUUUUGACGUCACCAAGGUCUGGCCGCGUAAGCAAUUUCCUAUGCAAGAGUUUGGACGCCUGGUUUUGAACAAGAACCCUGAAAAUUUCCAUCGUGACGUCGAGCAGGCGGCCUUCUCCCCGGGUAGCAUGGUGCCCGGUGUUGAAGACUCGCCUGAUCCACUUCUUCAGUUCCGCAUGUUCUUCUACCGCGAUGCGCAGUACCACCGUAUUGGUGUGAACUUGCACCAGAUUCCCGUCAACUGCCCAUUCAUGGCCAAGUCUUUCGCAUCCCUCAAUUUUGAUGGCCAGAUGCGUGUCGAUGCCAAUCAUGCUGGGAACAAGCCGUAUGCCCCAAACAGCUUCGCGCACAAGUUCCGGCCCGAUGUCGCUGAAGCACCAUACCAGGUCAAUGACAACAUCAUGAGCCGAAAGAGUCAUUAUUGGCAUGAGGGCAAGAAGAACGAGUACGACCAGGCUAAGGAGCUUUGGUCACGCGUAAUGAGCGUACAGGAGAAGCAAAACACCAUCAAGAACACCGCAAACAUGCUUAAGUUUGUCCGAUACCCCGAGAUUCAGCAAUAUAAUAUCGGUACCGACCUGUCGAGAGGCAUUUACGACCUCCUCCCGAAGCCAGCGUUCGAUUUCAGCGAAGUCGAGGAGCUUUCUCACACAGCCCAUGAGUGGUAUAAGGAGAAGAAGUUUAGGUCUAUCGAUGGCGAGAGGCUUACAGGUUUCCCUCCAUCGAUGCCUGUUUAUAAUUACUGA